UGUACAAAGAGACCAUGUAAAAAUGGUGGAGUGUGUAAGAAUAGAUUUUGGGGAUUUGAGUGCCUGUGUUCACAUGGCUUUACUGGUCGUACUUGUGAGUGUGAAAUUGACGAGUGUGCUACUGGUGCUAAUGCUUGUGUUGGGAACAGUAGAUGUGUUAACAAUGUAGGUAGAGAAGGAAUCACGUGUAAAUGUCCAGUAGGUUUCACUGGACAUAAUUGUGAAAUCAAUAUGGACGACUGUAAGAGUAAUCCGUGUCUGAAUAAAGGUGUAUGUAUUGAUGGCAUUAAUUCAUUUUCUUGUGAAUGCCCAUACCCUUUUAAAGGCAGAUUAUGUGAACUGGGAAGAUCAUGGUUUUGUAAAAAGAGGCCAUGUAAAAAUGGUGGAGUGUGUAAGAAUAGAUUUUGGGGAUUUGAGUGCCUGUGUUCACAUGGCUUUACUGGUCGUACUUGUGAUUGUGAAAUUGACGAGUGUGCUACUGGUGCUAAUACUUGUGUUGGGAACAGUAGAUGUGUUAACAAUGUAGGUAGAGAAGGAAUCACGUGUAAAUGUCCAGUAGGUUUCACUGGACAUAACUGUGAAAUCAAUAUUGACGACUGUAAGAGUAAUCCGUGUCUGAAUAAAGGAGUAUGUAUUGAUGGCAUUAAUUCAUUUUCUUGUGAAUGU